AUGGCGCAUUCUGCGACGUCGGCGACGCAGCAUUCGUACCUCGACGUCUUCGGAGACAGACUCCCUUCCCGCUUCCCAGUUCCAGAAGAAGCCGCGGAAUCCAGCCGACCUAAACCUGCUGCAAAGUGCUUUAUCGAGCCAAGCCCGUCUAAUCCCAUUCGAGUCCCGCUUCGGAAGAAGGUGAAGUGCUUCUUUACGGACGUGUGGAACACGCGGAUAUCAAUGAAGCUGUUUGGUAGUCGCAAAGAGUUGGAAAUGGAGGAGGAGCGACUGCAGAACAUCGAAUACCUUGUCAUUCACCCUUGCAGCAAAUUCAGGAUCCUGUGGGACAUAGUGAUGCUCCUGAUACUGUCCAUCAACACUGUUCUCCUCCCAGUGGCAGUGAGCUUCUUUCGAGAGCUCAUCAACCCUGGCUGGCUCUCUUUCACUUGCUUCUCCGACAUGCUAUUCAUCAUCGACAUCGUCCUCAACUUCUGGACUGGGGUUAUAACCGACGAAAAUAUCGUCAUCCUCGAUCUCAGAAUGAUCCGUCGGAUCUACGUGAAGCGGUGGCUCCUGUUUGAUAUCCUGUCUGUGUUUCCGUUUGACUACAUGGCCAUCAUAAUAAUAGAGGCUAAUUCUCUGAGCGCGGCAUACCUUCAGGCUACCACGGCACUGCGGCUACUGAGACUCCUCAAACUCCUGAGUCUGCUGCGGCUCUUCAGAGUUGUCAAACUCAUGCACUAUCUCGCCAAGUGGGAAGAGCUGUUCAAUGCCAACUCUCCGAUCGCGAGGAUCAGUAACUUCAUUCUGGGAGUGCUGCUCCUUGCUCACUGGAACGGCUGCAUUCAGUUCCUCGUCCCUUUCAUGGAGGGGUUUCCCCCUGACUCCUGGGUCUCCAUCAACCACCUGCAGUACUCCUGGGCAGUGUUCAAGGCCAUAUCCCACAUGCUGUGCAUCGGAUUCGGUCGAUUCCCGCCACAGAACAUCACUGAGGUGUGGGUGACAAUCAUCAGCAUGCUCAUAGGGGCGUCCCUCUACGCCAUGUUCAUUGGACACAUCUCUACUCUCAUUCAUUCUGCUGACUCUUCCAGCAGGAAGUACAAAGAGAAGAAGUGGUAUAUAACUGACUUAAAUGCAAACCUUCGAUAUACUGCACAGCUGGAGCAGGUUGAGGAGUAUGCUCGCUACAGGAAGCUCCCGCUGGCCAUGAAACAGAAAGUCUAUGAGUACUACUACCAGAGGUACCACGGCCACAUGUUCAACGAACAAGACAUCCUCAAUGAGCUCUCACACCCUCUCAUGGUGGAGAUUCUGAACUACACAUGCCAGGAGCUAAUCCGAGUGGUCCCGUUCUUUGCCUCGGCCAGUGAGGCCUUCAUUACCUCCAUAAUUACCAGGGUCUCCUUCGACGUGUUCCUGCCCGGUGACUACGUCACGCAGUACGGGACCAUAGGAACCAAGAUGUACUUCAUCCAGCACGGAGUACUGGACGUG